AUGCGAUGGCCGCGGCUUCAAUUAACACUCGCGCAUCUUAUCAAACUACUGACGAUCCGCGGUGUCUCGCCAAUAAUGUGUUCCGGUGCCAAUGCCGGUGGAUUAAGCAGCUUGUUCUAUGGGCUGGGGCUUGGUGCUCCAGGUCAAAUGUAUGUCUCUGUUUGCUAUCUGCUUUUUCAUCACAUCCAUGUUUGGAAGCGCUUCUGGAUGGGUGCGCAUGAGCAAACAACGCACAAAGCGUCCAGAAUGAAUACUUUGCGUAUGCUUGAGGGUCCCUUUUUCUAG